AUGCUGCGCCAGCGCACCGUCGCCAAGGACGAGGACGCGGACCAUGGCUUCAGCACGAGUCGCAUGCUCAAGAAGGUUGACGUCUACCCGAAGCUCCAUCGUGAGUUCAAGGUGCAGACCGAGACCGGCGCCACAGUGUCACUCGUCGCCAUGGUGGUCAUGGUCAUCCUCUUCCUCUCGGAGCUGAGCCACUACCUUACAGUGGACCGCCACGAGCACAUGGUCGUCGACACGUCGACGAACGAGAAGCUCCUCAUCACGUUUGACAUUAGCUACCCGGCGCUCAACUGCCGCGAGGCGCACAUGAACUCGAUGGACGUGGCGGGUGAGCUCCAGGUCAACUUGCACAACACAGUCUUCAAGACGCGGCUGGCGCCGGACGGGACGCCGAUUGGGAAGGCGAUCUCGCACGUCCCGAACGGCGCCGAGGUGCCCGCGACGCUGCCGCCCAACUACUGCGGCAGCUGCUACGACGCGCUGCACCCGACGGGCACGCUGUGCUGCAACUCGUGCGACGAAGUCAAGGAGGCGUUCAUGUUUAGCGAGAAAUCCCUCGAGGAAGCCGAGGCUACCGAGCAGUGCAUGCGCGAGGCCGGGAAGGAGGAAAGCGAGUCCAAGGAUGGUGAAGGCUGCCGUCUCCAUGGCACGAUGGCCGUGAACCGCGUGGCAGGCAACUUCCACGUCGCACUCGGCCGAACCUUCCACCGCCAGGGCCGGCUCGUGCACCAGUUUGUGCCCGGCCAGCAGUACUCGUACAACGCAUCGCAUGUCGUGCACAAGCUCUACUUUGGCACGCCGUUUCCCGGGCAGUCGAACCCGCUCGAUGGGAUGACCAAGGCGGGCGCUGUCUACCAAUACUAUUUGAAGAUCGUGCCCACCAUUUACGACGACGGGUACGGCAGCGUCCAGUCCAACCAGUUUUCGUACACGCAGCAAACGCGGUUCCUCAACCCGUACGGCCAAAUGACGGUGCUUCCAGGCGUCUUUUUCAUCUUUGACAUUUCGCCCUUUAUGGUGCAAAUGGACGCGGCCCGCGUGCCGUUUACGCAUUUUCUCAUGCGUGUCUGCGCCAUUGUCGGCGGCAUGGUCUCGAUUGCGGGCUUUCUCGAUGCGUUCCUGUACCAUUACGGGUCGUCGCCCAAGGCAGCGUUGUAG